AUGGCCGUCAUCGUAAUAACACCUUAUUGUUGUUGUUGCAUUAUCGUUAGUCUGAGCGGAGACGCCCAGACCACCUGUUCACACACACCUCCUCCAGCCCACGCUCCACCUGAAAAUGAAUCACGGCUUUUUGCUGAAACCUUCUAUAACAGAAUGGAUCAACACGACUGGCAGAGAGGAAGGAGCAAAGGCCACCGGCGAUAUGAGGAUGAAGCUGAAGACGUCCAGCCUCUGUACAUUGGAGUCCCAGUGUCCCACCGAAGGAAGAGGCGCCGGAGACACGCGUACGCCAACUCGGAGCCGGAGACGCGACACUCCUACAGCGACAACCACGGCCACCACGGCCACCGCGAGCCCCCGCAGCAAGACUACUACCACGAGAGAGAGGGGAGGUACGAGGAGGACCAGGCCAGCAGCGAGAGCCACGACCAAGACCUCUUUGGAAGCAUGCAGGACUCAAGUGUGUAUUCUCCGUCAUGCUGGACGUUGGCUAGCACUGAGACAGUUUCACCGGCAGCGGAGAGAUUACGGCACAUUUUAGGGGACGAUGAUGGCACGCCCAACCCCACGAUCUUCACUGAGAUGGACACUCUCCAGCAAGAUGGCGAUGAGCUGCAGUGGAAAGAGUCAGCCAGAUGGGUGAAGUUCGAGGAGAAAGUGGAGGAAGGAGGAGAGCGCUGGAGCAAACCCCAUGUGUCCACCCUGACCCUCCACAGCUUGUUUGAACUGCGCACGUGUCUCCAGACCGGCAGCAUUCUUCUGGAUAUUGAAGGAAAUUCUCUACCGCAGAUUGUGGAUGACAUCCUGGAGCGACAAAUUGCCGACGGCCUCAUUGCUCCAGACUUGAAGGAGAAGAUUAGUUUUGUACUUCUUCGAAAGCAUCGUCACCAGACAAAGAAGCCGAUCCACCGCUCUCUGGCCGACAUCGGAAAGCCCUCCGCUGCCGCCGCAAAUCGUAGUCCUGUUAAUCUGAGUCGUAGCACUAGCACAGCUUCUGGGAUCCACCACUCCACAGAAGACCUUCGCUCUCGCCAGUCGAGCAGCCUCGGCCGCCUGCAUUACAAUCAGAGCCGAAGUAUGAAUGAUAUUUCAGACACUCCAAGCAAUGACCAGUUAAAGAACAAGUUCAUGAAGAAAAUCCCACGCGAUGCUGAAGCGUCGAACGUACUCAUCGGUGAGGUGGACUUUUUGGACAAACCCUUUGUUUCCUUCGUGCGCCUGUCCCAAGCUGCAACUCUGGGAGGCCUCACUGAGGUCCCUGUCCCGACCAGGUUUCUCUUCAUUCUUCUGGGUCCUCAUGGAAAAAACAAAUCGUACCAUGAGAUUGGCAGAGCUAUUGCUACACUUAUGGUGGAUGAUCUGUUCAGCGAUGUUGCAUACAAAGCUCGCGACAGAGAAGACCUGAUUGCUGGAGUGGAUGAGUUUCUGGAUGAAGUAAUCGUUCUUCCACCGGGGGAGUGGGACCCUAAAAUUCGAAUCGAACCUCCCAAGAAAGUCCCAUCUGCAGAAAUGAGGAAGUCUGUGCUGAACUUGAAUGAGCUCGGCAAAAUGAAUGGCUCGGCCGGUGGAGGACCUGUAGCAGACGACGAGAUGCCGCCUCAACACGAGCUCGCAGAGGAACUGAAAUUUACCGGAAGAUUUGGCGGUGGCUUGUGGCUGGAUAUUAAGAGGAAGGCCCCUUGGUAUUGUAGCGAUAUCUACGACGGCAUUCACAUCCAGUCCAUCUCUGCAGUGCUCUUCAUUUACCUUGGUUGCAUCACUAACGCUAUCACCUUUGGAGGAUUGUUGGGAGACGCCACAGACAAUUACCAGGGUGUGAUGGAGAGUUUCCUCGGCACUGCUCUGGCUGGGAUUGUCUUCUGUUUGUUUGGGGGACAGCCUCUCAUCAUCCUCAGUUCUACAGGUCCAAUUCUCAUUUUUGAAAAGCUACUAUACGAGUUCAGCAAGAACAAUGGCAUCGACUACAUGGAGCUGCGUCUGUGGAUCGGCAUUCACUCCUGUAUCCAGUGUUUCGUGCUGGUUCUGUCAGAUGCAAGCUACAUCAUCAAAUACAUGACCCGCUUCACCGAGGAAGGUUUCUCUAGUCUCAUCUCCUUUAUAUUCAUCUCUGAUGCUAUCAAGAAGAUGGUAGGUUCCUUCAAGUAUUAUCCAAUCAACCGCGGAUUUAAGCCCGACUACGUCACAUCCUACAGGUGUGAUUGUCUCGCUCCAGAUCAGGCGCCUUUGGCAGACGACAACAUGACUUUACUGUUUAAUCUGACUGAUAUGGGCUACAGCCAGCUCAGCAAGAAAGACUGUGUGAAGUACGGUGGUUCUCUGAUGGGAAAGGCUUGUAAAUAUGUCCCGGACCUGGCGCUCAUGUCCUUCAUCCUCUUCUUUGGAACCUAUUCCAUGACGAUCUCUCUCAAGAAGUUUAAGUUCAGCCGCUAUUUCCCAACAAAGCUGAGGAAGCUUAUCAGUGAUUUUGCCAUCUUUAUGUCUAUCAUGACCUUUGUGGGUCUGGACAUGUUGGUGGGUUUAGACACACCCAAACUGAUCGUACCAACAGAAGUCAAGCCCACACGUCCAGACCGUGGCUGGUUAAUAAUACCAUUUGGCAAAAAUCCCUGGUGGUGGUACGUAGCCAGCGCCGUCCCUGCUCUUCUCGUGACCAUUCUGAUAUUUAUGGACCAGCAGAUCAGCGCUGUCAUUGUCAACCGCAAGGAGAACAAACUCAAGAAAGGUUGUGGGUAUCACCUGGACCUCUUCUGGGUGGGGGUUCUGAUGGCGGUGUGCUCCUUCAUGGGUUUGCCGUGGUAUGUGGCGGCUACGGUGAUCUCCAUCGCUCAUAUUGACUCUCUGAAGAUGGAGAGUGAGAGCAGCGCACCGGGAGAGCAGCCGCAGUUCCUCGGUGUCAGGGAGCAGAGACUCACAGGGAUCUUGGUGUUUGUCCUGACCGGAGUGUCCGUCUUCCUCGCUCCGGUGCUGCAGUACAUCCCAAUGCCUGUCCUCUAUGGAGUUUUUCUGUAUAUGGGAGUGGCCUCAUUGAGCGGCAUCCAGUUCUGGGAGAGAAUCAAACUGUACCUGAUGCCCAUCAAGCACCAGCCAGACUUCUCCUUCUUACGCCAUGUUCCUCUCAGACGUGUGCAUCUGUUCACUCUGAUCCAGAUCAUCUGUUUGGCUGUUCUGUGGAUCCUCAAGUCCACCUUUCUGGCCAUCAUCUUCCCAGUAAUGAUCUUGGGUUUGAUGGUGGUACGGAAGCUGCUGGAUUUCAUUUUUUCACAACACGACCUGGCAUGGCUCGAUGACAUUCUGCCCGACAAAGACAAAAAGAAAAAGAAGAAGACAGGGCAGCCCGACAGCGACGAGGAGUCCCACGCCCCUCCUCCUUACCCUCAGACGAUCCGCAUGGCAGAAGAGACAAAUCCAUAUUCGACCGUGACCUCGGAUGACGAGCUAGACCGCAGCAUCACCGUGCACCUGAAGAUCUGCCCCCCGUCGCCCGUGCUCUCCCAGAGGAGCUAUGCUUCAGGACACUCCACACUGUCCCCUGCCACCGCCCGCCCACCCUCAGUCAAUCUGCAGAUGACCGACAACAGCGACUCAGACUUUAACAUCAGAAAACAUCACCUUUAUCUCCCCAGCUACAACAGCCAUGAGCCGCAGAGAGACUGCAGCAAACUUAGAGCCCACUUUGAAGACUCAUGUGCAGAGACCAUUCUCUAG